AUGUCUUUAAAGGCGAUUGUGUAUGUUCGUAAUCCACCAUCUCUUGAAAUUUUAAAUCAACUUCUCCUUCCACAUGAAACAAUAUACGAAUCAGUAACUACUGUUCAACAAGGAUACGAACAAAUCAAUCAAAUGAAAGUUCGUGGUGCUCCUGCAAUAGGAAUCGUUGCGGCAUUAUCGCUAGUAAUAGAUCUUCAAAUAAAACUUCAAACUUUCAUCAACAAUCCCAACGCACUAGACUCUGAAACUUUAAAUACCUUGAAUUCUCCUUCAUCACUUGCCACUUUUGUUCGUAAUUCUUUGGAUCACUUAAAUAAAUCACGUCCAACUGCUGUAAACUUAUUUCGAACUUCGGAUAUUUUAUGGAAUGUUACAAAUUCUGGAAUAAAAAAAAAUUUUGAUUCAAAACAAAUUAUUGAAUCUUUGGUAGAUACUGCUGAACAAAUGAUGCUUGACGAUUUAAAAGAUAAUACCAAUAUUGGAAAGUAUGGUGCUGAUUUCAUUUUAAGGACUGGUGAUAAAAAGAUCUGUGUGAUUACGCAUUGCAAUACUGGUUCCUUAGCAACAUCUGGAUAUGGUACUGCUCUUGGUAUAAUUCGUCAUCUCCAUGAUCAAGGAAAUCUCUUACAUGCUUAUUAUACAGAAACACGUCCUUAUAAUCAAGGUUCACGGUUAACUUCCUAUGAAUUAUUACAUGAUAAAAUUCCCAGCACCUUAAUUUGUGAUUCAAUGGUAUCCGCUUUGCUUUCUUCUCAUGCUUAUAAUUCUUCAUCUAACAAAGUGGGUCAUAAAAUUACUGCAAUAAUUGUUGGUGCUGACAGAGUUGCAAAAAAUGGUGAUACUGCCAAUAAAAUUGGUACUUAUCAGUUAGCAAUAACCGCAAGAUAUCAUAAUGUGAUGUUCAUUGUAGCCGCGCCAAGUACAAAUGGAAUUGAAAACCAUCAAAUAACAAAAGUUAGAGUACCACCCGAAGGUGUUAAAGUUUGGAACCCAAGUUUUGAUGUGACACCAGCUGAAUUGAUUACUGCUAUUGUUACGGAGAAAGGUGUAAUUGAAAAAGAAAAAGGAAUGAAAGAAUUUGAUUUAAAAAAAUUUUUGGUGGGCUAA